AAGAAAAAAAUAAUGCCGGGUGUGCUGGCUGAAGCUCAUAUUUCCAGUACUUGGGAGGCUGAGGCAGGAGGAUGUUGAGUUUAAGGCCUGCCUGUGCUAAACAAAAUUAAAAAGGGGGAAAAAAGGUAGUAAGAACCCCAGACUCAGGGUCGUGAUGGCCUGCUGAUGAAGGAGCCAGGUGGAAAUGACUAAGUCACAGUACUUCAGGUUUCUUGCUGGGUGUUUGCAUGUUAUGAACCCUAUAGGUGAUGAACCGUCAGCGAAAGAGUCCGAAGCUAAGGCCGAAUUUUCGCAUUUUCGCUAGGGAGUAUGGGCUAGGCGGGGCAAUAUCGCCCACCCGCAGCAGGUGGCCACGGCUCGAAAAGGAGCGGGCACGCGCUCGGAGCCCAAGGGGGUGUGGCGCGGCCGCGCGCGGGUUCCAGGGUUGCAGGAGGCAGCAGGCGCGGAGCUGGGGGUGUCGAGAGGUGCGCGCCUCGGACGCGGCCAUUGAUCGAAGGGGGUCGCUUCUCGGGGAGAAUUGGGGGAGAUCCUCCGCGGCUCUUGCGAGGCUGGCGCCGUGCACUGGGGUCGCGGGCUCCGGGGAGGAACGGCCUCCGUCCCGCGCUCCGUUGCUCGGGCGCCCAGGUCGGUUCUCCCUGGGCGCCCCCUCCUGGUGCGGUGGUACAGUCCGCGUUUAAAAGGCCCAGCGGCCGGGGUCCAGCCCAGUGUGUGGGCGGCGGCGGCUGCAGUGCGCUCGGUGCGGGGCGAAGCACUGGGGCCACGCAAGUGAGGCCGGUAUAAGGCACCGGGGCGCGCCCACGUGGCCAGGGGAAGCCACCCCGAGUCAGCGGCGGCGGAGGGGCAGGCCUGUCCCUGGAAUAGCUGCUGGCCAUGCCCACUGUCUGCCUUUUUCGGCUGCUGUUCCUCACCAUAGGAGGGUGCCUGGGUAGCAGCAGGCCCUUCCGUACCUUUGUGGUAACAGAUACCACGUUGACCCACCUAGCUGUGCACCGAGUGACUGGGGAGGUAUUUGUGGGUGCAGUCAACCGAGUCUUCAAGCUGGCUCCUAACCUGACUGAGCUGCGGGCACAUGUCACAGGGCCCAUUGAAGACAACGCUCGCUGCUAUCCGCCCCCUAGCAUGCGUGUAUGUGCCCACCACCUGGUGCCUAUGGACAAUGUGAACAAGCUGCUCCUCAUAGACUAUGCAGCCCAUCGCCUGGUGGCCUGUGGCAGCAUCUGGCAGGGCAUCUGCCAGUUCCUACGCCUGGAUGACCUCUUCAAGUUGGGUGAGCCCCACCACCGCAAGGAGCACUACCUGUCAGGGGCCCAGGAGCCUGACUCCAUGGCUGGCGUCAUUGUGGAGCAAGGCCAUGGGCCUAGCAAGCUGUUUGUGGGCACUGCUGUUGAUGGCAAGUCUGAGUACUUUCCUACCUUGAGCUCUCGCAAGCUCAUCGACGAUGAGGACAGUGCAGAUAUGUUCAGUCUGGUGUACCAAGAUGAGUUUGUCUCCUCUCAGAUCAAGAUUCCCUCAGACACACUGUCCUUGUACCCUGCCUUUGACAUCUACUACAUAUAUGGCUUUGUCAGUGCCUCCUUCGUGUACUUCCUGACGCUGCAGCUGGACACCCAGCAGACGCUGCUGGAUACGGCAGGCGAGAAAUUUUUCACGUCCAAGAUCGUGCGCAUGUGUGCAGGGGACUCAGAGUUCUACUCAUAUGUAGAGUUCCCCAUUGGCUGCUCCUGGCGUGGUGUUGAGUACCGCUUGGUACAGAGUGCCCAUCUGGCCAAGCCUGGCCUGCUGCUGGCCCAGGCCCUGGGCAUACCAGCCGACGAGGAUGUCCUUUUCACCAUCUUCUCUCAGGGCCAGAAGAAUCGAGCCAGCCCACCUCGGCAGACCAUCCUCUGCCUCUUCACCCUCAGCAAUAUCAAUGCCCACAUCCGGCACCGUAUCCAGUCAUGCUACCGUGGGGAGGGCACGCUGGCCCUCCCCUGGCUGCUCAAUAAGGAGCUGCUAUGCAUCAACACUCCUAUGCAGAUCAAUGGAAACUUCUGUGGGUUGGUGUUGAACCAGCCGUUGGGUGGUCUCCAUGUGAUUGAGGGGCUGCCCUUACUGGCUGACAGCACUGAUGGCAUGGCCAGUGUGGCUGCCUAUACCUAUCACCAGCACUCUGUGGUCUUCAUUGGUACACGCAGCGGUAGUCUGAAGAAGGUGCGGGUUGAUGGCUCUCAGGAUGCCCAGCUGUAUGAGACAGUCCCUGUGGUGGAGGGCAGCCCCAUACUCCGAGACCUACUCUUCAGCCCUGACCACCGGCACAUCUACCUCCUGAGUGAGAAGCAGGUGAGCCAGCUCCCGGUGGAGACCUGUGAGCAGUAUCUGAGCUGCGCUGCAUGCCUGGGCUCGGGGGACCCACACUGUGGUUGGUGUGUGCUACAGCACAGGUGCUGUCGAGAAGGGGCCUGUCCAGGUGCUUCUGCCCCACAUGGCUUUGCAGAGGAGCUGAGCAAAUGUGUACAGGUGCGGGUCCGGCCUAACAAUGUGUCAGUGACAUCCCCUGGGGUGCAGCUGACUGUAGCCAUGCGCAACGUGCCAGACCUCAGUGCUGGUGUCAGCUGUGCCUUUGAGGAGGUGACAGAGAGUGAAGCUGUCCUGCUGCCCUCUGGAGAGCUACGUUGCCUUUCACCGUCCCUUCAGGAGCUCCAGGCUCUUACCAGGGGACAUGGGGCUACUCGCACUGUGCGACUGCAGCUGUUCUCCAAGGAGACUGGCAUGAAGUUUGCUGGGGCUGACUUUGUCUUUUACAACUGCAGUGCCCUCCAGUCGUGUAUGUCCUGCGUCGGCAGCCCUUACCCCUGUCACUGGUGUAAGUACCGCCAUGUGUGUACCAGCCACCCACAGGAGUGUUCCUUCCAGGAGGGCAGGGUUCACAGCCCUGAGGGCUGCCCUGAGAUUCUACCACGAGGAGACCUCUUGAUCCCCGUGGGCGUCAUGCAGCCUCUUACCCUGCGGGCUAAGAACUUACCACAACCUCAGUCAGGCCAGAAGAACUAUGAGUGUGUGGUCCGUGUACAGGGGCGGCAGCAGCGAGUGCCUGCUGUGCGCUUCAACAGUAGCAGUGUACAGUGCCAGAAUGCCUCGUAUUCCUAUGAAGGUGAUGAGUUUGGUGACACAGAACUGGACUUCUCUGUGGUCUGGGACGGAGAUUUCCCCAUCGAUAAGCCUCCCAGUUUCCGAGCCCUCCUAUACAAGUGCUGGGCCCAGCGGCCCAGCUGUGGCCUGUGCCUCAAGGCUGAUCCCCGCUUCAACUGUGGCUGGUGCAUAUCGGAGCACAGGUGCCAGCUACGGGCCCACUGCCCAGCCCCCAAGAGCAACUGGAUGCACCCAAAUCAGAAGGGUGCCCGGUGCAGCCAUCCCCGCAUCACCCAGAUCUAUCCACUCAUGGGACCCAAGGAGGGAGGCACCCGGGUCACCAUUGUGGGUGAGAACCUGGGCCUCACUUCCCGGGAGGUUGGCCUGCGAGUAGCUGGUGUGCGUUGCAACUCCAUCCCCACUGAAUACGUCAGUGCUGAGAGGAUCGUAUGUGAGAUGGAAGAGUCUCUAGUGCCCAGCCCAGCACCGGGACCUGCUGAGCUCUGUGUAGGUGACUGUUCCGCUGACUUCCGCACACAGUCCCAGCAGCUGUAUAGCUUUGUGAGCCCAACAUUUGACCGUGUGAACCCUACUCGGGGCCCAGCUUCUGGGGGCACUCGGCUCACCAUUUCUGGAACCUCUCUGGAUGCUGGCAGCAGGGUCACAGUGAUUGUGAGAGAUGGCGAGUGCCAGUUCGUGAGGAGAGACGCUGAGGCAAUUGUAUGUAUCUCACCUGUCUCCACCCUGGGCCCCAGUCAGGCCCCCAUCACCCUUGCCAUCGACCAUGCCAACAUCUCCAGCCCUGGAGUCAUCUACACCUAUACUCAGGACCCUACUGUUACUCAUCUUGAGCCCACCUGGAGUAUCAUCAAUGGAAGCACCGCCAUCACUGUGAGUGGAACCCAUCUGCUGACGGUGCAAGAGCCCCGGGUACGGGCCAAGUACCGUGGCAUCGAGACCACCAAUACAUGCCAGGUGAUCAAUGACACUGCAAUGCUGUGUAAAGCCCCUGGCAUCUUCCUUGGCCGUCCUCAGCCUCGGGCCCAAGGCGAGCACCCUGAUGAGUUUGGCUUCCUGCUAGACCACGUGCAGACAGCCCGCUCCCUCAAUCGUUCUUCCUUUACCUACUACCCUGACCCCAGCUUUGAGCCACUUGGUGUGCUGGAUGUCAAACCUGGCUCGCAUGUUGUACUGAAGGGCAAGAACCUGAUUCCUGCUGCAGCUGGCAGCUCUCGCCUCAACUACACAGUGCUCAUCGGAGGACAGCCAUGUGCACUCACUGUCUCAGACACUCAACUUCUAUGUGACUCCCCCAGCCAGACUGGCCGGCAGCCUGUCAUGGUUCUGGUGGGAGGCCUGGAGUUCUGGCUGGGUACCUUGCACAUCACAGCUGAUCGGGCGCUGACCUUGCCAGCAAUGGUGGGGCUGGCAGCAGGGGGCGGAGUCUUGCUGCUGGCCAUCACUGCUGUGCUGGUCGCCUACAAGCGCAAGACUCAGGAUGCAGACCGCACACUCAAGCGGCUCCAGCUACAGAUGGACAACCUAGAGUCCCGUGUGGCCUUGGAGUGCAAGGAAGCUUUUGCUGAGCUGCAGACAGACAUUAAUGAGCUGACAAACCACAUGGAUGGUGUGCAGAUUCCCUUCUUGGAUUACCGGACCUAUGCUGUGCGGGUGCUUUUCCCUGGCAUUGAGGCCCACCCUGUGCUCAAGGAGCUGGAUACUCCCCCCAAUGUGGAGAAGGCCCUGCGCCUAUUUGGCCAGCUGCUACAUAGCCGCGCCUUCCUGCUCACCUUCAUCCACACUCUGGAGGCACAGAGCAGCUUUUCCAUGCGUGACCGUGGCACUGUGGCUUCACUCACCAUGGUGGCCCUGCAGAGCCGGCUUGACUAUGCCACUGGGCUCCUCAAGCAGCUGCUGGCAGACCUCAUAGAGAAAAAUCUCGAGAGCAAGAACCACCCAAAGCUGCUAUUGCGCAGGACUGAGUCAGUGGCCGAGAAGAUGCUCACCAACUGGUUUACAUUUCUGCUGCAUAAGUUUCUGAAGGAGUGCGCAGGGGAGCCACUCUUCUUGCUAUACUGCGCCAUCAAGCAGCAGAUGGAGAAAGGCCCCAUUGAUGCCAUCACAGGCGAGGCCCGCUACUCCCUGAGUGAGGACAAGCUCAUCCGGCAGCAAAUUGACUACAAGACCCUGACCCUGCACUGUAUAUGCCCAGAGAGUGAGGGUAGUGCCCAGGUCCCAGUGAAGGUUCUGAACUGUGACAGCAUCACUCAAGCCAAAGACAAACUGCUGGAUACUGUGUACAAGGGUAUCCCGUAUUCUCAGCGACCCAAAGCUGAAGACAUGGAUUUGGAAUGGCGCCAGGGCCGCAUGGCCCGCAUCAUCCUCCAGGACGAGGACGUCACUACAAAGAUCGAGUGUGACUGGAAAAGAGUCAACUCACUAGCCCACUACCAGGUGACAGAUGGUUCCUUAGUGGCACUGGUGCCCAAACAAGUGUCUGCCUAUAACAUGGCCAACUCCUUCACUUUCACCCGUUCCCUCAGCCGAUACGAGAGCUUGCUCCGUGCUGCUAGUAGCCCAGAUAGCCUCCGUUCCCGAGCACCCAUGCUCACACCUGACCAGGAGGCAGGCACCAAGUUGUGGCACCUGGUGAAGAACCAUGACCAUGCUGAUCACCGAGAGGGGGACCGUGGCAGUAAGAUGGUCUCAGAGAUAUAUCUGACACGACUGCUGGCUACCAAGGGUACAUUGCAGAAGUUUGUGGAUGAUCUCUUUGAAACUGUGUUCAGCACAGCCCACCGGGGCUCAGCCCUACCUCUGGCCAUCAAAUAUAUGUUCGACUUCCUGGAUGAGCAGGCCGACCAGCGCCAGAUCAGUGACCCUGAUGUGCGCCACACCUGGAAGAGCAACUGCUUGCCUCUGCGCUUCUGGGUGAAUGUGAUCAAGAACCCUCAGUUCGUCUUCGACAUCCAUAAAAACAGCAUUACAGACGCCUGCCUGUCAGUGGUGGCCCAGACCUUCAUGGACUCCUGCUCCACAUCAGAGCACCGCCUGGGCAAGGACUCACCCUCCAACAAGCUGCUCUAUGCCAAGGACAUCCCCAACUACAAGAGCUGGGUGGAGAGGUACUACCGAGACAUCGCAAAGAUGGCGUCCAUCAGUGACCAGGACAUGGAUGCCUACCUAGUGGAGCAGUCCCGCCUCCAUGCCAGUGACUUCAAUGUCCUAAGUGCACUCAGCGAGCUCUAUUUCUAUGUUACCAAGUACCGCCAGGAGAUCCUCACCUCGCUGGACCGAGAUGCCUCUUGUCGGAAGCACAAGCUGCGACAGAAGCUGGAGCAGAUCAUCAGCCUGGUGUCUAGCAGCAGCUGAAGGGGGGAGUUGAUGAGGAGGGGGCUUCUCACUUCUGAGCCAUCCUCCCAGCCAGGGGAGUGCCUGGGUCCCCAGGGCUGAGACCCAGAUCUGGUGUCGGGGAGGUCACCAGGCCAAGAUGCCCCCAUGACAACUGGGCCCCCUUCAUUAGUGCCUUGCUUUGGGCCCUGCAGGGGAAGGAGGUGACAGGACCAAGCCCCCCCCACCAGCAGCAGCAAUACCCCCCAACCUCUUGCCCUUGUGCCCCUGUGUCAGGAGAGCCCCUGCCCUCCUUGCUCUGUACACCCCAUCCACCUAUUUAUUAACCUUACUCCACCUCGCUCUCCAUAUGUAAAUAUGCGUGCCCCAUGGGAUGUUGCCAGCCUCAUGGACCCUCUCCUUGAUUGGGCCCUGCCACCUGUCCUGGUUCGUUUGUGACACUGCCAGCUUUUGGCACCUUACCUUUGCUGUGGCAGGCUCCACUCAUCCUAAGAAUAGAGCCUGAGUGCCAGCACCAUUGGGGAUGGGACAAUGCACCUGAAACUGCCCUCAGAUUGGCUGGGCUAGGCCAGGCCAUUGUUCCUUUUCAGACAUCUCAGGAGUCAGACCACAUUUUCAUGGGGCCUGUUGUUUCUGAGAGAACUGUAACGAGGCUGUGCUGGGGCCUGAUGUGGGCCUGGGGCUCUGGAGUCCUCUUUAUGGCCCUACUGCCAAACUUCCUCAGUGUUGUAGGCACUAGCCCUGGACACCUCAGUUGCCCUGUUGUGUGCCCACUCUGAGGGUCUAGGUGGCAGUGCCUUACCGUUUUGCGUCUCCUGCCUCCUCUGAGGAGUCUGGCCCUGUCUUCUGGUCCCCGACCCGCAGUCCUCUCUUUUGUUGCAUGACUUUUUCUUUGUUGGUGUAAUGUUUUUUCCUAAUUAAAUGUUGGGAAAUAGG